AUGUUGCACGGAUGGAUCGUGAUAUUGACCGCAACGGCCUAUAUCCUGCUGCUGUUUGCCAUUGCCAGCUAUGGCGACCGGAUGACGCGCCGCAAAUCAUCACGCGCCGGUGGACGUCCAUUCAUCUACGCACUUUCCUUAUCCGUCUAUUGCACGUCCUGGACAUUCUUCGGCUCGGUUGGAAACGCCAGCAGGAGUGGUGCGGAAUUUCUGACAAUCUAUAUCGGCCCCCUGCUUGUAUUCGCACUUGGUUAUCCGCUGUUGCGGCGGAUCGUCCAGAUCUCGAAGACGGAGAGCAUCACGUCGAUUGCCGAUUUCAUCGGCGCGCGAUACGGCAAAAGCCAAUCCGUGGCGGCACUCGCAACAUUGAUCGCCGUGAUUGGCGUAAUCCCCUAUAUCGCGCUGCAGCUGAAAGCCGUUUCCCUGUCGGUCACGACCAUGGUGGGGCCGCUGAUUUCGCCCGGCGACAUCUUUACCCCUGUCUUCGACGACGUGACGCUGCUUAUCGCACUGGGCAUGGCCAUCUUCAGCUGGGCUUUCGGAACUCGUCACAUCGAUGCGACGGAACACCAGGAAGGCCUCAUGCUGGCAAUCGCAACUGAAGCGAUCGUAAAGUUGUUUGCCUUUCUGGCCGUUGGCGUAUGGGUCACUUAUUGGCUGUUCGACGGCCCGUUCGACCUGGUCCGGGCCAUUACGGAAGCUCCGGAGGUGGCAGAGGUAUUCGAACAGCCGAUCAACGUGAGCAACUGGCUGAUCCUGUCAAUUCUGUCCGGAUUCGCAGUUCUGAUGUUGCCGCGUCAGUUUCAUGUCACCGUCACGGAAAACAACUCAGAUGCCGAACUUCGGCGGGCAACCUGGCUGUUCCCUGUCUAUCUUGUUCUGAUCAAUCUCUUCGUGAUCCCGAUUGCCGCUGCCGGAAUGCUGCGCUUCGGCCAGGAUAUCAAUCCCGAUACUUUCGUUCUUGCCCUGCCGAUUGAUGCCGGCCAGAACUGGCUGGCACUGUUUGUCUUCAUCGGCGGAUUGUCCGCCGCAACCGCAAUGGUCAUCGUCGCCACGGUAGCGCUGGCAAUCAUGAUUUCCAACGACAUUGUUGUUCCGCUCCUUCUUCGCCGCCACAGUGAGGACGAGCUGGUCAAUACCAGUGGACGGGACAUGAGCCGGCAGUUGCUCACGAUCCGCCGCCUGGCGAUUUUUGCGAUCCUUCUUCUGGCCUAUGCCUAUUACCGGGCUGCCGGUGACACCGCGGCGCUGGUAUCGAUCGGCCUGCUGUCCUUUGCCGCGAUUGCGCAAUUCGCGCCUGCCUUUAUCGGAGCCCUUGUCUGGCGCAGGGCAACCUCUCUGGGGGCGCUGGCAGGACUGAGUGGCGGGUUUGUGCUUUGGGCCUACACUCUUCUUUUGCCGACUUUCGCUCAAUCCGGGCUGAUUUCGGCCGGUUUUCUGGAAACAGGUCCGUUCGGCGUGGGCGUAUUGAACCCGCAAUCGCUCUUUGGAAUCGAGGCUGAUCCUUUUAUUCACGGGACGCUCUGGAGCCUUUGUAUCAAUAUCCUGCUUUUUAUCGGCGUCUCCUUUGUCAGAAAACCGCUGCCGGCCGAAACGCUGCAGGCAAAUGUAUUUGUGCCCGCAGAAUUCACCCCGUCGCCGAGCCUUCGAUACUGGCGAACCUCCGUGACAGCAGGCGACCUGCAAUCGACUGUCGCCCGCUAUCUUGGCGAGGAACGCACGGAACGUUCGUUUCAUCGGUUCGCGACCGAAAGAGGCAUCCCGCUCGACCCCAACACCCUGGCCGAUGCCAAUCUGCUGAGGUUUUCCGAGCAGCUCCUGGCAAGCGCCAUCGGCGCUGCAUCUUCACGUCUGGUUCUGACGCUGAUGCUCAAACGCCACGAUCCGUCGACCAAGGGAGCAGUAAAACUUCUCGACGACGCAUCCGUUGCCAUCCAGUACAACCGCGAUCUUCUGCAAACCGCGCUCAAUCAGGUUCGUCAAGGCAUCGGUGUUUUCGACCGGGAUUUGCGACUGAUCUGCUGGAAUCGCCAGUUCAGGGACCUUCUUGGACUGCCUGCGGAAUAUGGUCAGGUCGGCACCACUCUCGACGCGAUUUUGCGCGUGAACGCAGAACGCGGCGAACACGGCCCGGGGCCAGUCGAAGCGAUUGUCGCCGACCGGAUCGAAAAGCUUGUGCUCGUCCAGGAAACCUUCCAGGAGCGUCUGGAAUCCAGUGACACUGUGUUUGAAGUUCGGAUCAGCCCCAUGCCGGACGGAGGAAUCGUCACCACCUAUACCGACAUCACGGAACGGGUCAUGGCAGAAGAUGCACUUGCGCGCGCUAACGAAACGCUCGAGCGGCGCGUCAGGGAAAGAACCGAGGAACUCACGCACGUCAACGAACGCCUCGUCGAAGCCACACGCGCCGCAGAAGAAGCCAAUAUCGGCAAGACCAGAUUUCUGGCUGCUGCCGGCCAUGACAUUUUGCAGCCCCUUAAUGCUGCAAGACUUUACUCGUCCGUCCUGGUCGACAAACUCAAGGAAGGUGACGACGGCGAUCUCGUGCGCAACGUGGAAGCGGCACUGGAAUCGGUUGAGGACAUCAUAGGCGCCGUGCUCGACAUUUCCCGGCUCGACACUGGUGCCUUGAAGCCGGAGCCGACCGUAUUCCGGCUGGAUGAAAUCUUGCGUGGUCUUGCGCUCGAUUUUCAACCCGUCGCGCAGGAAAAGGGUCUCGAACUGAGGAUCGUGCCGACGUCAAUUUCCAUUCGAACCGAUCGCCGGCUGUUACGCCGCCUGCUGCAAAAUCUGGUUUCCAAUGCGUUGAAAUACACGCAGGAAGGCCGGGUUCUGGUCGGCUGCAGGCGUCGUGGCAACCGUGUGCUUGUCGAGAUCCACGACACCGGAAUGGGAAUCCCGAAAAGCAAGCAGAAGGCCAUUUUUCAAGAGUUUCACAGGCUUGAUGAUGGCAUGCGUGUUGCCAAGGGCCUUGGACUUGGCCUGUCGAUCGUGGAACGGAUCAGUCAUGUUCUGAACCAUCCUGUCGACCUUCGCUCGGACGCCGACAAGGGAUCCUGUUUCUCCGUUGAAUUACCGCGUUCAGCGGCAGUUCCCGAUAUCGAACCCGCCAAACAAGCCCCUGCUGCAAUCGGCAAUCUGGACGGCCUUUGCGUCGUGGCAAUUGACAACGAACCGGACAUCUUGAGCGGGAUGCACCAUCUCUUGUCGAGCUGGAACUGUACAGUCGUCACCGCUGCAAAUGAGCAUGAAGCCGCUGCGCUCCUGAACAAGGCAGGCCUGACGCCUGACGUCAUCCUGGCCGACUACCAUCUGGAUGAGGGCACAGGCAUUGAGGCAAUCGUCAAACUCAGGUGGAAAUUCGGAAACAGCAUUCCGGCAAUCCUGAUUACCGCAGACCGGAGCAGACCCGUGCGGUCAGAAGCCGGAGACAAGGAUAUCUCCUUCUUCAACAAGCCGGUCAAGCCUGCCGCGUUGCGCGCGCAGCUUGCCCGAUGCCAGGCUGGUCAAGCGGCAGAGUAA